AUAAUUCACUUCAAAUUUAAACUUGUAAAAAGGUUUGAGAAGGCAACUCGGGUAAGAACCAAACCCCAUACUUGUGGAAGAUAUUAUUUUCGCUGCUUGAACUCUAUUCUCCUGUUGACGUGGCAGGCAGCAAAGUUUCAAAUUUUUAAGGAGUUAUGUUUAUUAAUCCCUAACAAUAUCCCCAUUUUGUAAGCAAAUUACCGACAACUCCCUAAGCAGAGAGCAGUAGAGCGCCAUGGCUUUGUGCUGCUCAUUGAGCUUCCCCACAGUUUCUACAAAGCCUAACAAGUCUUCCUCGUCACCAAUUUGUUCUUCUCUUCAGCUCACUUUUACUGCCCAUUUACCAUUUUCUAAAUCUUCUUCAUUUUAUCCCAAUAAUACCCUUCUCCAAACUCAAUGCCGGGGAAAUCCAUCCACAAAUGGUCCCAGUUUCUUGGUUGUGGGGUCUGCGAAAAAGCAAGAACCUUUGAGGGUUAUGAUAUCGGGAGCUCCUGCUUCUGGUAAAGGAACACAGUGCGAGCUCAUUACCAAGAAGUACGAUUUGGUUCAUGUUGCUGCUGGAGAUUUAUUGAGGGCCGAAAUUGCUGCAGGCACUGAAAACGGGAGGCGAGCAAAGGAGUAUAUGGAUAAAGGACAAUUGGUACCAAAUGAGAUAGUUGUAACAAUGGUGAAAGAGCGGUUGGUGCGUCCAGACUCUCAAGAAAAGGGUUGGCUUUUAGAUGGAUACCCUCGGAGUUCGUCUCAAGCAUUAGCUCUCAAAGAAUUUGGGUUCCAGCCAGACCUCUUCAUUCUUCUGGAAGUACCUGAAGAAAUACUUGUCGAGAGAGUGGUUGGUCGUAGACUAGAUCCUGUUACUGGGAGAAUAUACCACUUGAAGUAUUCUCCGCCGGAGACAGAUGAAAUUGCUGCAAGACUUACCCAGCGCUUUGAUGAUACAGAAGAAAAGGUGAAGCUGCGUCUGCACACUCACCAUCAAAAUGUGGAAUCUGUUCUCUCAAUGUACAAAGAUAUUACAUUCCAGGUGGAUGGGAGCGUUUCCAAAGAGGAGGUAUUUGCUCAGAUUGAUGGUGCAUUAACUCAACUUCUUGAAUCAAAGCAGAGAAGAUUUGGAACCGUGAUGUCGUAGAGAGCAGGAAAAAUCAGUAAUAUGUACAAUGUAACACUGAGGAGGAUCACAAAUGACGAGUAGUGGGGAGUUUUAUUGAAUUCAACAGAGUUCAAAUGGUUGGUUGCCAUUCCUCUGAUAAAAUGUAUUGAAAUAUUCAUGUAUAUCAUUUUUGCUUCCAACAAUCUACUUUUGAGUGGAUAUUCAUUGAAUCAUCAAGUAUUUUUGCAAUAAUAAGUGAUUCUUCGAAA